CUGUCUGUGUCUUGCUCUCGCCAUGGCUGACACUCCAAUCUCCGAAAUGCUCCUCAUUGCCGGUCCUGUUCCAAAGAAAGGGAGGACCAAGAAGGCGGCACUGAAACAGAAAAAUCAAUCAUCAAGUGAGGCCAACAUCUUGGCCGGAGCAAGCGCUCAACCAUCACCCACACCGGUUGAGCAAUCACCGGAUGACUCUGCCGGAAAAGAGAACCACGAGAGCCUUUCGCAGCCUCCGUCUCAAAAGAAAACAACAAGAGGGGCUGCAAAAUCUAAGAAACAGUCCAAGCAAUCAUUUGAGAGAGAGUUCGAAGAAAUGCAAGAAAAGUUUCAACAGUUAAAGCUUGAGAAGGAACAAACUGAGGAGCUCUUGAAGGCAAGAGAUGAGUUGUUGAAACUGAAGGAGGAAGAUCUCGAAGCCCGGGGAAAAGAGCAAGAGAAGCUUCAGAUGGAGCUCAAGAAGUUGCAGAAAAUGAAGGAGUUCAAACCCACCAUGAUCUUCCCUGUUCAGUCUCUGAAAGACAAAGAGCAAGACAAGAAAGAGAAGAAGAAGAAGGGAUGCCCUGAGAAGAAAAGGCCAUCUCCACCUUAUGUGCUGUGGUGCAAAGACCAAUGGAAUGAGGUCAAGAAAGCAAACCCAGAUGCUGAGUUCAAGGAAAUAUCCAAUAUUUUGGGGGUGAAAUGGAAGACAGUUGGUGCAGAAGAGAAGAAACCUUAUGAGGAAAGGUAUCGAGCUGAGAAGGAAGUUUAUUUGAAGAUCAUUGGGAAAGAGAAGCGUGAGAAUGAAGCAAUGAGGCUCUUGGAGGAAGAUCAGAAACAGAGGACAGCCAUGGAGUUGCUUGAACAAUAUAUUCAAUUCAAACAGGAAGCUGAAAAAGAACACAAGAAAAAGAAGGAAAAGGAUCCGUUGAAGCCCAAGCAUCCAAUGUCAGCAUUUUUUCUGUUUACAAGCCAUCGACGAGCAGCACUGCUUGCAGAGAAUAAGAAUAUAAUGGAGAUCUCAAAGAUUACAGGUGAAGAAUGGAAGAACAUGUCCGAGAAACAGAAAGCGCCCUAUGUGGAGAUGGCAAAGAAAAAUAAGGAACAAUAUACGCAAGACAUGGAGCUUUACAAGCAGAAGAAAGAUGAAGAAGCUGUUAACCUCGGAAGGGAAGAGGAGGAACUGAUGAAACUUCAGAAGCAUGAAGCUCUCCAAUUGCUCAAGAAAAAAGAGAAAACAGAAAACAUAAUCAAGAAAACAAAAGAGAAUCGCCAGAAGAAGCAGCAGCAGAAGGAAGAGAAGAAGAAUGCUGAUCCUAACAAGCCAAAGAGGCCUGCAUCUUCUUUCAUCCUAUUCAGGUCAGAAAGUUUAGAGUGUAUUAUAUUAGGGUAAUCCUAUGGUACUGAAAUAGGCAUUACAGCCAAAAAUUAAACUUUUUUGGGGCAGGUUAUGACUAAAUGAGGUCAAACUAUGACAAAAAAAGUUAAUAUUGGUCUCAAACAAGUACUAUGAGGGAAGGCUAUCCUGAUUGAUUUCUGUUGUUUCGAAUAGUCAUGUGCGCUUCUGUAAUGCAGCAAAGAAGCAAGAAAAAAUUUGUUGGAAGAACGGCCUGGAAUCAACAACAAAACUCUAAAUGCCCUCAUUUCACUGAAGUGGAAGGAAUUGAGUGAGCAAGAUAGAACAGUUUGGAAUGAAAAAGCUGCAGAAGCCAUGGAGGUUUACAAGAAGGAACUUGAAGAAUACAAUAAAUGUGUGUCAGAGGUGUCAAACAAACCACAACAGUGAAAGCCUUAGAAACUAUGUUGAUGUUCAAGUGGUUCUGUUGAACAACUAGCUGUGUCUCAUCAUCAGUUUAGUGGCCUGGAUUUUCAUAUUUGUUGGACUUAGUUGGCUUUGAGUUGUUCUUGGUGAACUAACUUUUCUUAUUUAGUUUUUAUUUGAAUUAGAUCCUGUAGUUGUGACUCUGAGAAACUGAAUAAUAGAUUCUGAGUCAACUGACUUGUUUAUUGAUUUUGGGUGUAUAUUUAACGGAGACAUUGCAAUUUUGCAACUUCAAAUGGCACCAGACAGAAAUUCCUUAGAGUAACUUACAUCAGCUCUUUGCAUUGUACUUGGAGAAAUCUGGGUAACAAUUUUUUUUUUGACAAAAAAC